UGUUAUUUUAUUUUAUUAAAUAACAUCUAGAUCUGGUGAAUAGCCUAUAUGUGCUGUUUCCAUAAGGAUAUUGCCAGUUGUUUAGGUGUUGGCCGUGGAAACCAGUAGAUAUACUAUACGGGUAUCACUACCAGCAUAGGGAAAUCAAUGUGUUAGAGAUAGUGGUGGAGAACUAUCGAUAGCACUAUCGAUAUUAUCGAUAGUUUCAACUAUCGAAUACUAUCGAUAGUAUUUUCUACACUAUCGAUUGUUUCCGAUAAUCUUGUGGUGGGCACCCAUCUCUAUUCAAUCAAUCUAACCUCACUUUUUUCAACUUGCAAAAAAGUUGAUUGAUAAAAGGAUUUUUAGAUUAUUGUGUUUACUGAAUCAUAAGUUUUAACUUUCAAGUGCAAAACUGUCACGUGUGACUAUGGAGAAUUUUUUGAGUAUUUCCCGCAAGGAUUCUUCAUCUAAACGGAACAGAAAUAGUGGAGAAUCCACUAAUAGUGAGCCAGAGCAUCAUCAAAGAACUCCAGCUGAGACAGUUCAGACUCAAGCUGAAGUAGUCGAAGCACAAGCCGAAAAUACUGUGGAUACCCUUCAAGCUGGCCAAGGUGCCAAAACCAAUGUCGGUACAAAAGAUGGAAGACCUAAAAGGCCAAAACUGUCAAGGGUGUGGAAUUUUUUUAAAUCGUCCCAUGACAAAAUGUAUGCUAAAUGUUUAAAUUGUGGAAAAGAGUACAAAACAAGCGGCAAUACGACAAAUCUAAGUGACCAUUUAAAAAGAUUUCAUCCCAACCUAGUAAAUAAUGUAGUAGACAUAGACAGGGAAUCUGCUGAAAACAAUAGUGGGUCUACAUCCACUUCUGGAGGUUCCAGUACUCGUUCUUCUUACAGGUCAAUAAGUCCUUUCUUCAAGCGAGAAAAUGAAUACAGCGAAAGCUCGAAACGAAAAAAACAACUCGACAAGGCACUAACAUUAAUGAUUGCCACCGAUUUGCAACCAUUCAACAUAGUGAAUGACACUGGCUUCACGAAUUUUGUUAGUUUGCUAGAUCCUAGAUAUAUCCUGCCAAGUAAAUUCAAAAUUAGGGAAAAAAUAAUGAAGGAAAUGUACAGUGAUACUUGUCAGAAACUGAAAGAAAUUUUGAAAAAUGUGAAUUAUGUCGCUAUCACUUUUGACUCUUUGACAUCACGGGCAACUGAAUCAUAUUUGACUGUAACGUGCCAUUUUGUUACCAAUGAUUUCGAAAUAAAGUCUUCAGUGCUUUCGACAAAACCAUUGGAAAAUGGUAUUAACCAUACUGCAGAAAAUAUUGCAUUUGCAUUAAAUGCAAUUUUUAUUGAGUGGGAUAUACAAAAUGAAAUAUCGUGCAUUGUAACAGACAAUGCUGCAAACAUGUUAAAGGUCUGUGAACUUUUGAAAAAAAAAAGUCUUCCCUGCUUUGCCCAUACAGUUAAUUUAGUGGUCCAAGACACUACCAGUAUAAGUCCCCUCAAGGAUAUUAUAGCAAAAUGCAAAGAGAUAGUGAGGUUCAUGAAAAGCAGCAAUGUUGCCACAGAAAUAUUCAAACAGGAGCAGAAUACCGACACUCCUCUUAAGCUAAUGCAGGAGGUGACCACCCGCUGGAAUAGCGCCUUUCAAAUGAUAAAAAGAAUUCUGGAAACAAGCGACCCUCUCAACAGAACACUGCUGAAAAUGCCUAAAGCUCCUCAACCUCUGGCUGCAGAAGAAAUAAUAAUUUUGAAAGAAGUUGUUGGUAUUUUGGCAUGUUUCGACGAGGCGACAACAAAAGUUUCAGGCACUAAAUAUGUAACAAUUUCGCUUGUUAUUCCAAUUAUUAAUGGAAUCCACAAAACAUUGCAAGACAAAAUACGAGAAUUGCAAACCGAUGAAGGAAAAGAAAUUUGUUUGAAAUUGCUGCACUCUGUACAAAAGCGUUUGUUUCCAUACGAGAAAAGAACAGCUGUUCAAAUGGCAACAUUACUUGACCCUAGAUUUAAACAUGAUGGUUUUAGAAGUGAGGAAAAUAUCAAAUCGGCAUCACAUUUUUUGGAACAGGAAAUUAACUAUGUGGAAAGAAAGGAGGCAGAACUUACGGGAAAUUCAAAUAUUCCAUUCAAUGGAGAAGAUACUAUCCAAGGUAGCAGUUCAAAUUUUUCAGGUUCAGGCUCUCUGUUCUCAUUUAUGGAUACUAAAAUUCAACAGAAAAUAAAAUCGACAACAGUUGAUGUAAUCAUAAUCAAACGACAAUACAUGGAACGUCAGAAUUCAUCUCUAGAUACAGAACCACUUCUAUUUUGGAAGGUAUUGCUAUUGGCCUAAAAUUCAUUUUCGCAUAUUUAACUUCCGCUAUUUCAGGUAAACGCCAAUGAUUUCAGAUCUCUAAAACAACUCGCCCAGAAAUAUCUUUGCAUUCCAGCGUCAUCAGUAGAAUCUGAACGGGUAUUCAGCAAGACAGGACAAAUAGUCACGGACAGAAGAUCGAGGUUAAAACCAAAAAAUGUCGACAUGUUGGUUUUUAUAAAUAAAAACAACUGGUUAGUUGAAAAAUAAACCGAU